GAUCAGAUAUUAAUUGAUAGUUUACUUUAACUUCCCAACACACAAAUUCCCAAGUGUUUUUUUUAGGCAUACAAGUCAAACCUGUAUGGAGUUCGGUAUGUCUGGAUUCUGAUUGGAACGUACACGCACAAUUGGUGGUCGGUACCAGACCCUACUCUGGCUUGUACCAAGGAAGAAAUGAAGAAAGCUGUAGCAUACACAUUCAUAUUCAAUAAUCAAAUCUUUGUGACCGAAGAAGAGAAAGAAAAAGAGAACAAAACACUUUCAGGCCUAGUGAGUAUUUGCCUAUCUCUUAUAAGACUUUGGCAUAAUUGUCGUGUGCUAUGGCAUGGCUUUUUUCGCCAGGGACCUUUUUCGUUGGUUUUACUACUUAUUUUAUUUUCCAUCUUCUCAUAGCCACUUACAAUGGAACGAAUAGAAAUGCUCAUGAAACGUAUGAGAGAUUCUUUCAUGCGCUUAUAUUGCUACCAUUACUGUGGAGGUCACAGGUCGCGUUGGUUGGGACUGUUCUGUUGCCAAGGAAACAUAAAUAGGUUGAUUUCAGAAGUAUUCCUAACCCUUAUUCCUAGCCCUGUAAAUCCGGUGUGAUCAUGCGCCUUUUUGAUGUGAAAGAAAAGGGAGGGCGAUUCUUGGAGGGAAAGACGUAAAUGAGGAACAAACCUGGCGUUUUUGGUCUGGAAUAUUUGGCUAAGGAUGUUCUAGCGUUAGAAGAAGUUCAAAGAAGAGCCUCUCGGCUUGCUCUCGGGCAAAAACGUGUAGAGAUGGAAUACGAAGAUCGUUUAAGGAAGCUAAAGUGGCCUACACUCGAAACACGUAAUUUGUUUCUUUCUAUAGUUGAAUGCUACAAGAUCGUUUUUAGCAUGACAAACUAAACCUUGACGAUCUUUUUGAUUUUACCAAGGGCAAUUUACCCUGCUAACCACCCGUAUUAGCUAUAUGUUGAGCCAGCAAAAUGUAAUCCUUAUAAAUAAUUUUUUCCUAUCUGAAUCGUACGGGACUGGAAUAGUCUACUAGGAUCUGUUGUUGAGGCUGGGAGCCUGAACCGUUUUAAGAGUUCGCUAAAGUGCUUCCUAAAUGUCCACUAUUUAUUUGUCUUGUGCUGACUGUCAUUAUUGAUCGUUAGUGAUCCAAUUUAUAUUUGUAAAUAGUUUUUAAAUGUCCUAUUUUAUAUCUAUAUUGUGCAUAGCUUAUAUCUGUUUUAUCUUUUUAUUUAGGGAAACGUCAUAGGGGCAACCACCUGGGCCCAGUUGGUCGAAGGCCGAUUAGCCCUCAACCCGGGGUUAAAUUUAACCCAGGUUUCUUUUUCUUGUGUUCAAAAGCAUUUUCUCGGAUAAUUUUCUGUGCUAUUUUUAGAGCUUCCAAUCAUCAACUUGUAGACAAAAAGCAUUAAAACUGAAAUGCUUUCUAAGCUUUCAAAUCUGAAUUCAAAUAUCGCACUAACCCUGGGUUAUCUUAACCCAGCUUUGAACAACUCGGCCCAGUUUUCCUUUUCAAGAUGUUUUAUAAUUUUUAUUUUCCUCAUCUUGAAUAAAUACGUUAUGUUAGGGGCUAUUGUGUCUAUCCACAGACAACCAGGCUGUUUUAUGAACAGUAUAAAGAGAGAUUAAAGAAGUUAAACUUAUCAAGAGUACCAAACAUUACCGCUUACACUUACGAUGCUGUGUGGACUGUAGCUGCGUCACUGAACAAGUCUAUACCAGUUCUCAAGUCCAUGGGGCUAAAGUUGCAAGACUUUCACCGCAAUAAGACGGAAAUGACCAAGUUGUUUGUACAGACCAUUCAAGACAUACACUUUCUUGGAGUUACUGUAAGUUGAAAGUUUUUUGUUUUGUUGUAUCUUUUAUUUGUUAAAUCGCAACUGAGACGAAAUAGCUUGACGUGAGUCUUGAUUCUGCAGAGAAAGCAAUGUGAAACUCAGUUCGAACUCUGUUUUCGUUUUCAGGGAGAAGUUGCAUUUUUUGAUGACGGCGACCGGUAUGAUGGUAUGGUGGAAAUCCUUCAACAGCGUCCAGGUACUUGUCAUAGAUUCUGUGCUAAGAUUAAGUCUCGGAUCUAGCGAAUGCCGUGGCAUUCGGCCUUGUGGAAACUGGUAGUUUGGUACGCUUGACAUCAUUUACACGUUUUGACAUCCUUAAGGGACAGUAAAGUGGGCAACAAACACGUGUAACUUGUUUCCCAACGAGUUGAAAUGAAACGUUGCGCGUUUUACUAACCACGUUCAAACCUGUCUUGCAACAAAUUAGGUUUUUGCAAGUUGCGUGAAUACUACUUUAACUUCUGAUUAGGUACAAUUACGCGGGAGUCAGGCUAUAGACGGAAGUUUCUUCACUUUUUGCCAAACAAGUUUUCCUUGGACUGGUAAAACACAUAAAAUGUACAGAUUUUGUUGCAAAAAGUAGAACUAAUUUAUACUUCCUGCAACAAAUUUUCGCAACCAGCAACAAACUAAUUUGUUGCAAGACAAGUUUGAUGUGGGUGGCAAAACGCGUAACAUCGCUAUUCAACUCUUAUUGCAUCAAUGUUGCAAGACAAGCUGAAUGUUUUUUGUUGCCCGUUUUCCCGUACCAGUUGUGUUGUAGAAUUUUAUUGGUUAGCAUCAUAACAUUUGCUCAUAGCAACUGGAUGAAUGCUCGGGUGAUUUCAAAAUUACGAUGAGGGAAGUUAUAAUUAAGCAUUGAGUCAAAGACGAACAGCAGCAUUUUGUCACACUUAGAUUAAGAAGGAAAGCCGAAUGGCUUUACACUUAGAAAAAGAUAACAACUGUAAGUCCGGUCCUAACAGCUUCAAAAACGUGUGCUGCAAACCCUCAGGGCUAAGAUUAGUUUUGGCGAGAAAAAAACAUAAGAGACAGAAUGUUUAGUACGAUAAGAAAAUGCACACACUGCCUGGAAAGUCGUGUAGUGACAGUUGUUGGCGUUCCUGUUCACAGAUGGCCGCGCGGUGAAGGUUGGUUGCUACGACGCACGCGUCAAAAAGCUUCAGCUCUUUGGUCAAGGAAAUGUUUGGCCAGGUAACUACUUUAUUAGCCUAAAAAUCAAUAUCCUUGCUGUAUAUUAAUUAUCUUGGCUUGAGGCAAGAACUUCACACUCGACGAAGUGAAAGGAGCUUGGAUGACGUUUAAGACGCGAACGGAAUCUCAGCUCAGGGCCCUGAUAUUCGCUGCACAUCGCUCAAAUACUGAAUUUUUGAGACAUCUAAGAGGUUCCUUUCGUGUAAUAACUACAUUUCAUACUACGAAGGCAAGUGACAAUUAAAUAUAUGAUAGAAGUUAGAAAGCGAGUAAGAUAUGAAUGCCUAGCUCUUAGGUACUGACUUCACAUUGAUGAAAUGGACACCAAAUCUUACGUUACAACAUUUUGUAUGAUGAAAGUGCCCCAUUAGUCAGAAAAACUUAUUACUUAAGUGAUUGAUUCCUUUAAUGGCCUCAAAAAAAUGAAGGGAUAUGCAGUUCUUUCUGUUCAAAAGGCAUCAAGCAUACUGCAGAUAUAAUAGUUUAAUAUAUUUGAAGAACAUAUUACUUAUUUCGUUAUUUUGUUCACAGAUGGUAGAAUCCCUCUUGACAAGACAAUCACAGUGACUGAGUAUGUCAAGAUAUCCAUGUGGCUGAUCAUUUUAACAAGUUGUCUGAGUACUCUCGGAAUUGCUCUAGCGGUCUUUUUAUUGGGAUUCAAUCUUCGUUAUAGGAAGAAAAAGUUAGUGUCUAAUCACCCUUGUUUCAAUAACUAAAGAUUAAAAACUUUUACCAAUAAGAAGCUUGAUGAACAUGACUAUGGCACCACGUUCUUGAUGACCGUGGCUAUGGCCACCAUAUUCUUUAUCACCAUGACUACGACCACCACAUUUUUGAUGACCGUGGCUAUGGCCACCACAUUCUUGAUGACCACGACUAUAACCACAAAUUCUUUUUGACUAGAACUAUGAUGCCCAUGAUGCCGACCAUCACUCCGACCUUGCCAUGAUUAAGAUCAUGACCGUCUUCUUUACUUUGAGGAAGGAUACCCCCAAAACGCAUGUUUGAUUGGCACCUAUGCUGACAGAAUUAAACAAGCUAUCUUACAUUUUCCCCAGGUAUAUAAAACUAUCAAGUCCAAACCUAAAUAACGUGAUUCUUCUUGGAGGCAUCAUGAUGUAUUCUACUGUGUUUAUAUAUGGAUUGGAUGGAAGACUGUCACCACUCAGCUACAAUUACGUCUGCCGUGUGAGUCUAACUAACAAAUAGUGAUAAGCUCAUAGCGGCUGCAUUGCCAUGAGAUGAUUACACUGUGAUUUUGUCGGCAGUGACUAUGCAUUGUACGGCUAAAUAACAGUGAUAACUUAAACGAAAAUCUCCAAAACAAAAGACAAUUAAUUGCAAUGGUAACAAUGCCGAUAAUGUACAUCACCAUCAACAACAAAAUACGUACUGUGAACUGGACAAAUAAUUAAAUAGAAAAAUGCUCUUUUUCAGGCCCGAUUCUGUUUAUUAUCCCUUGGAUUUACAGUUGGAUUUGGGGCAAUGUUCUCGAAAACGUGGCGAGUUCAUCAAAUUUUCACCAAUAUCAAGAAAGUGAGAAAGGUAAGUUAAUAAUUUUUACAUGCUAUUUGCUCAUGAACGUUUUAUUUCCAUGGAUAAAAAACAGAUCAAGAAAAAAUACAAAAAAGACCAGAAAGACAUAGAAUCAUGCAUCAACCGCCAAAGCAUACUUCUUUGAUAGGUUUGAAUAAGAUUGAAUUAGAACUUCUCUGAGGUGAAUUUCGUCUUGGGAAGGAGUGGAGAUAGAAACGGAAUUAUCUUAAAAGGUACUGACAUUUUAAAAUGUUGUACAUUCCUUCGAUUACUAGCCUCCCACGCAGGCGUUUUUAUGGGAGUUCGUCUUUCAUGCCUGCGUGGGUGGCCAUUCUCUUACAGGUUUUUCGAGAUUCUGAUAUGUUUCAUUCCAUCGGCAUGAGCGCAUUAUUUGUUAAUUAUUGACGGUUUAUAUCUGUUAUUACCCCGUUCUCAACAGGUGGUUCGUGAUUUUGAUCUGUUCCGGCUGUUGGGGGCUUUGGUAUUUGUUGAUGCUUUGUUGCUGGUGAUCUGGAUGACUCUGCAUCCCCCCAGCAGGAACGUCAUAAUUCAGACGGAAGGAACUCGCUCGGUAAGACUUGGUAGUACCUAAGUGAUUCAACAUUUUGUACCUAGCCAUGGUAGAAGUCAACAGGAAAAGGCGCUUGAACUCCAGUUGGCGAUGACAAGUCUGCAAUUGAAGCGCUGAUAAUUAAAAAAAAAUAACUUCAUUAAUUCCAUGAUGUUAGUUUGAAAAAUUACUUUAUUGUGUAUGCAAAAAGAACCUAAUCAGGGUCAUAAAAUAAGGAACAAUUUUGUCCUAAACAGCGGCAGGAUUUAAAAGCCUUGAAAGUACAUCUCUACCCAAACUUCCUUUGGGCCCCCACGGGCGUAAAAGCAAACAAGGAAAAUACAAAGGCGAGGGAUAACAAACUGCGUACGUUAAAAAAAUUAAGGAGCAAGUAUAAACACACACUCAAUUGAUAACAGACAAAAAGAGUUCAAAAAUUAUAUUAACUAGUAUGUUCUUGAGAUGUAUAAGAAAUCUCUUUACUUUCGGCAAGAUAAAAAAACGUUCCCUUGGAGGUUCGUUCUGAUUUCUUCUCAUUUCACCUACAGGUGUCUGAGGAUCGCGAUUACAGGACGAUUCUUUACCGUGAGGAGUGUUAUGGCCCUCAUUUCACAGUUUGGAUUAUUGUAUUUUAUACUUUUCACAGCCUUCUGCUUAUUUUUGGCCUGUUUCUCGCAAUUGGGACUCGAAAGGUUUCUAUCCCUGCUCUGAAUGACUCGCGAUUCAUCGGCAUCAGUGUGUAUAACGUGGUGCUUUUGUGCGCAAUUGGUGUUCCUGUGUCAUUCUUCACCAACAGCCACCCCACCAUCAGUUUUUGCCUCAUCUGUGCAGUCAUCUUGUUUUGCACUACGCUGACUCUUGGAAUACUAUUCAUACCUAAGGUAAGGACGCUUUAGUAGUGGUUUAAAUGAAAACAACCUUGUAGCAUUAUUUGCCUUUGUUUUUAUACCAGAACCUUCAUACUGUAAAGCAAAGUGAACACCAUCAAGAGGGAACGUAGUCUGCUCAGUAGCUUUAUUUAAUAGUCACUAUUGCCAGGAUUUUAUCCCCAGUUUCAGAAAGUUUAAAAACCUGUGUAAACCAGUACACGGCAUCACAGAAAAAUGCCUCUUUGAUGCUUUCAGUUAAAUGGUCGGAUGUAAUCCACACUUUGACACAGUUUGUGUCAAAUGCUUAGAUUGUUAAAUUUCAUAUUUCUCAGGUCUACAGAAUAUACAAAAAUCCGGAUGAAAAUCCUCUGAGACGUGGUCUCAAUAGCACGGCAUGUGGAUCAUCAAACAGGCAGUUCCUUCACGUGCCAACCUUUGAUGCACUGCGGAAUAAAGCUCAAGUUGAGGAAGAGAAUCAACAGCUGAGAGAAGAAGUAGAAACGGUCAGGUUUUAA